AUGGCUGAAGGAUUAGAAAAUAAAAAGAAACCUGAGGAAGUUCAAAACGAUGAGACCAUUCCUACUACAGAAAAGGUUCAACAUAAGAAUAAAAAGAAGGAUGAUGAAGAGGAGCAAUUAUCAGAAGAAGACACUAAAUUAAAAGAAGAUUUAGAUCUUUUGGUUGAAAGAUUGAAGGAAAAUGAUACUUCAUUAUAUGAACCUUCUUUACAAAAAUUGAAGGAAUUUAUUCAAAACUCCACAAGUUCCAUGACUGCUGUCCCUAAACCAUUGAAAUUUCUACGUCCAGCUUACCCAAGUUUAUGUAGUGUUCAUGAUAAAUGGACAGAUAAGAAAUCCAAGUCAACCUUAUCUGGUAUUCUUUCUGUACUUUCUAUGACUUAUUCCGAUAAUGGUAAACAUGAUUCCCUAAGAUUUAGAUUGUUAUCCGAAGAGACAGACCUGGAAAGUUGGGGUCACGAGUAUAUUCGCCAUCUAGCACUUGAAAUUGGUGAAAUUUACAAUGAUCAAUUGGAAAAGGAAGCUGAUUUAAACUCUGAUGGAUCUGCAAAUGCAACUCCAACACCAACAGAUUUCGAAUUUUCUAAAGACGAUAUCCUUCAAUUAUCUCUAGACAUUGUUCCAUAUUUCUUAAAACACAACGGUGAAGAAGAUGCUGUUGAUUUAUUAUUAGAAAUUGAAUCAAUUGAAAAAUUACCUCAAUUUAUUGAUGAAAAUACAUACCAGAGAGUUUGUAAAUAUAUGAUUGCAUGUGUUCCAUUAUUGCCUCCCCCUGAAGAUAUAUCAUUCUUACAGACAGCAUUCUCAAUUUAUUUAUCGCAAUCUCAGCUGACCGAAGCAUUAGCCAUUGCUAUCAGAUUAGGUAAUGAAGAAUUAAUGAGAUCGGUGUUUGAUGCUACAAAUGAUAAAGUUAUGCACCAACAAUUAGCCUAUAUUUUGGCUGUUCAAAAAGUUUCGUUCGAAUAUGAGGGUGUUCAAGAUAUUAUAGGCAAUACUAAACUAUCAGAACAUUUCCUAUAUUUAGCUAAAGAAUUAAAUCUAACUGUACCAAAGAUUCCUGAAGAUAUUUACAAGAGUCAUUUGGAUAAUUCUAAAUCUAUCUUUUCUAAUUCCGGUAUGGAUUCAGCUCAACAAAACUUAGCUGCAUCAUUCGUCAAUGGAUUUUUAAACUUGGGUUAUAGUAAUGACAAACUUAUUGUCGAUAACGAUAGUUGGGUUUAUAAGACAAAAGGUGACGGUAUGACAUCUGCUGUAGCCAGUAUAGGUUCAAUUUACCAAUGGAAUCUUGAUGGUCUACAACAAUUAGAUAAAUACUUAUACGUUGAAGAACCUGAAGUUAAGGCUGGUGCAUUAUUAGGUAUUGGUAUUUCUGCAGCUGGUGUUCAUGACGCUGAUGUUGAACCAGCACUAUUGUUAUUACAAGAUUAUGUAACGAAUACUAAUCCAAAGAUUAGCUCUGCUGCUAUCCUGGGCCUUGGUAUUUCCUUUGCUGGUAGUAGAAAUGAAGAAGUUUUAGGCCUCUUAUUACCUUUGGCUGCCGAUACAUCUCUACCAUUAGAGACAUCUACAAUGGCUUGUUUGGCCUUAUCUCAUAUAUUUGUUGGUACAUGUAACGGUGAUAUUACUACUUCAAUUAUGGAUAAUUUCUUAGAACGUACUACCACGGAAUUGAAAUCUGAAUGGGUGAGAUUCUUAGCUUUAUCAUUAGGUUUAUUAUAUUUACAACAAGGUGAACAAGUAGAUGAUGUCAUGGAAACCUUGAGCGCCAUCGAACAUCCAAUGACUUCCGCAAUCGAGGUAUUAAUCAAUGCGUGUGCUUACACUGGUACUGGUGAUGUUUUGUUAAUUCAAGACUUAUUGCAUCGUUUGACUCCAAAAGCUGUUAACAAAGAAGAUGAAGAUGAAGAGAGUGAUAAUGAAGAUCAGGCCAAUAGUAUAAGUGAUUUCUUAGGUACUAAAGAAAAUGAAGACGCCGGUGCUGCCGAAGAUAAUGAAACAACUCCAGCAGAGACCACUACAGGAGAAAGCAAUGAUGUCAAUGCUGACAAUGAAGAUGAUGCUAUGGAUGUUGACCAAGAGGAUUCGAAACCUGAAAAUGCGAAGACUGAAACUGUUGGUAAGGCAGUGGAAGAAGAAAAGGAAUCAGGAAUUACUGAGGAAGAAGAAAAAGAAGAAGAAAAAGAGGCCGGUUUAAUUGAAGAAUCCUGUUUUGCUGUUCUUGGUGUUGCGCUAAUUGCUAUAGGUGAAGAUAUCGGUAAAGAAAUGUCCUUACGUCAUUUCGGUCAUCUAAUGCAUUAUGGUAAUGAAUAUAUUCGUCGUAUGGUUCCAUUAGCGAUGGGUUUAGUCUCUGUGGCUGACCCACAAAUGAAGGUCUUUGAUACAUUAACCCGUUUCUCUCAUGAUCCAGAUUUAGAUGUCUCUAUGAAUUCUAUCUUUGCAAUGGGUCUUUGUGGUGUUGGUACAAAUAAUGCUAGAUUAGCACAAUUGCUGAGACAAUUAGCCAGCUAUUAUUCCCGUGAACAAGACGCAUUAUUCAUUACAAGAUUAUCACAAGGUUUAGUCCAUCUGGGUAAAGGUACGAUGACAAUGGAUAUAUACAAUGACGCCAAUGUUCUAAAUAAGACCACACUGGCAUCAUUGUUGACUGUUUUAACUGGUCUUGUGUCCCCAAGUUUCAUGUUGAAACAUCACCAACUAUUCUAUAUGAUGAACAGUGGUAUUAGACCAAAGUUCAUUAUAACACUAGAUGAAGAAGGUGAACCAUUAAAGGUAAAUGUCCGUGUCGGUCAAGCCGUAGAGACAGUUGGUCAAGCCGGUAAGCCAAAGACCAUUACAGGUUGGAUUACACAAUCUACUCCAGUAUUAUUGGGUCAUGGAGAAAGAGCAGAGCUUGAGAAUGAUGAAUAUAUCAGUUACACUAGUAAUAUUGAAGGUGUAGUGAUCCUAAGAAAGAAUCCAGACUUCGAAGCUGAAGAGUAA